UCUCGCUUGAGUUGCUCAGCCGUGCGCUGCAGUUUUAAACGACAAACCAUUUUUAUUCCGUAUUUGAAUACGCAUACACCUGUUAUGCUAGGUCGUUUUCAGCCUUCUAUCUCUUUUUUGGACUAUUUCCUGGAUUUGGAUUUGGAAUAGCGUGGACAUCUAGUUUAUGUUACGCUAAUCACUGGAGGGUUUAACUCCGAAGGACCACUCAAGUCAAACAUGUCAAUUUUACCGUUUACGCCUCCGAUUGUGAAAAGACUUUUGGGUUGGAAAAAGGGAGAGCAGAAUGGGCAGGAGGAGAAGUGGUGUGAAAAGGCUGUGAAAAGUCUGGUGAAGAAACUGAAGAAGACGGGACAGCUGGAGGAACUGGAGACUGCCAUCACAACACAGAACAUCCACACCAAGUGCAUCACCAUACCGAGGUCUCUGGAUGGCCGUCUGCAGGUGUCCCACAGGAAGGGUCUCCCCCACGUCAUCUACUGCCGGCUGUGGCGCUGGCCCGACCUGCAGUCGCACCACGAGCUGCGCGCCAUCGACCUGUGCGAGUUCGCCUUCCACACCAAGAAGGACGAGGUGUGCGUCAACCCCUACCACUACCAGCGUGUGGAGACGCCAGUGCUGCCUCCGGUGCUGGUGCCCAGGCACACGGAGAUCCCGGCCGAGUUCCCCCCGCUGGACGACUACAUCCACUCCAUCCCAGAGAACACCAACUUCCCCGCCGGCAUCGAGCCCCAGAGCAACUACAUCGCAGAGACCCCCCCGCCCGGCUACAUCAGCGAGGACGGGGAGACCAGUGACCAUACGAUGAGCCACAGCAUGGACACAGGCUCACCGAACCUUUCACCAAGUCCAGUGUCUCCAACGCACAGUGACUUAGACCUGCAGCCGGUGACGUACUGCGAGCCAGCGUUCUGGUGCUCCAUCUCCUACUACGAGCUGAACCAGCGCGUGGGCGAGACCUUCCACGCAUCGCAGCCCUCGCUGACCGUGGACGGCUUCACCGACCCGUCCAACUCGGAGCGCUUCUGCCUGGGCCUGCUGUCCAACGUCAACCGCAACGCCGCCGUGGAGCUCACGCGACGCCACAUCGGGCGGGGUGUACGUUUGUACUACAUCGGUGGGGAGGUGUUUGCCGAGUGCCUCAGCGACAGCGCCAUCUUUGUCCAGAGCCCGAACUGCAACCAGCGCUACGGCUGGCACCCUGCCACCGUCUGCAAGAUCCCUCCAGGUUGCAACCUGAAGAUCUUCAACAACCAGGAGUUUGCGGCGCUGCUGGCCCAGUCGGUGAACCAGGGCUUUGAGGCCGUCUACCAGCUGACCCGCAUGUGCACUAUACGCAUGAGCUUCGUCAAGGGCUGGGGCGCAGAGUACAGGCGUCAGACGGUGACCAGCACCCCCUGUUGGAUCGAGCUGCACCUCAACGGGCCGCUGCAGUGGCUGGACAAAGUGCUCACUCAGAUGGGCUCCCCCAGCAUACGCUGCUCCAGUGUCUCAUAAGACAACACACACACACACACACACACACACACACACACACACACCACAGAUACACACACUCACACACACACACAGAUACUCAUACAGACAACAACAAGCACAGGCGCACGUCAUAAACUCACACACGCCCAAACACACACACACACACACACAUACACCACAGAUACUCACAGGCACACAGGCACACACACACCACAAACACCAAACACUCACAUAUAAAUACAGUCUGUUUACAAGCACUCGCGUAAAUAACACACCCACUAUCUCCCACACAUGCACAUCCACUUGUGCGCACACACUCUUCAGACUGACAGGAAACAUACAGACCAAAACUAAACUGUCAAACCAAGAACGCGACUGGAAGAGGCUGUUGGAGAGAGCAACCUCCCACCCCCUUCACCCCCCCCCCCCCCCCCCCCCCCACACACUCCUUCCUGAGCCAGUCUCAGGAGCACUUGUAUUCUGACGUGUUCGAUGUGCAACCGGGAAGCAUAUCGCAAAUAAUGUUUUUUUAUUUGUGUUGUUUUUCCAGACAUUGUCCGUUUUUAAAUACGAUGAAUUGUUUUGGCAGGUGGUGCCAAAAUGCGUAUACACAUGUGAACUACGUGAUUUGUUUAUACAAGCAAUAAGGUUUUCAAAAAAGUAAGAUGAUUUUUUUUAGCUGCGCAUACAUAAUUUGGUGUAGUAGUGGUGCUAGUUAGUGAGGAUUUUAAGAGUGUUGAAACAGUUUUUUUGUACAGUACUACGUUUCAUAAAUUAUUUUUUGUAUAAUUUGUUGUGAUUUCAAUUGCCCCAGUGUUGUGAAUUAAUUUCUUUUUAAGUCUUGAGUGUCUUGUAAAGACAUUUUACUCUACUCUCCUAAGCAGUAUAGAAAAAUAGAUGCAUCAAUUUCCUUUUCCUACAUAAUUGUGUAUUCUGUGGUGUGUGUGUGUGUGUGUGUGUGUGUGUGUGUGUGUGUGUGUGUGUGUGUGUGUGUGUGUGUGUGUGUGUGUGUUUAUGUGUGUGUGUGUGUGUGUGUGUGUGUGUGUGUGUGUGUCUGUGUGUGUCUGUGUGUGUGUGUGUGUGUGUGUGUGUGUGUGUGUGUGUGUGUGUGUGUGUGGUCAUGUCUUUGUGUCUAUAACCUGCAAGGCAUGUUGUCCUUCCCCAUGUUUAGGUAGCCACAGUCUAGCACCACACAGUAGGCCAAGCGUCACGCCUCUUCUCUGCAUGCAGUGCUAGUGUCACUCUCUGACUGUUGGAAGGGGAGCCUGUGUUGAGACGCCGAAUCAGAAGUGAAAGCUCUCUGAAGUGCAGGAACAGGUGUGGCGCCGUCUGUCAGGGUUUCUGUCACGUGUGAUGCUCGGGCCAUGGGACGUGUCUCCGGGUCUGACUCAUAACUGCCGCUUUUUGACAGUUUGUUUUUUUCUGAGGGGGAGAGAUGUGCCAAGCUUGUGUCCACUCAUAUCAAACGGGACAGCGUCUGCUCUCUGUGAUCUGACCACGAUGCUGUCCAUCUGGUGUUUGCUUGCGUUUGUUGUUCAGAUCUUGCCCAUUCUGUGGUGGUUGAGACUCCGUUUGACUGCCGUUGUAUUGCUUGCAUUGUGUCUUAAUGGAGAUGUUUAGUUGCCCAAAGUGAUUUGACAUCAGUACAUUGAAAGAUCUUGUCCGAAGAAGUUUCCGACAUUGCUCUCAGAUUGAACUUUUUAUAUCUACAAAAUCAUUAGCAGUCGAGCCACUAAGUAUUGCCUCUCUUCAGUCCUAUGAUCAGCUUCACAGGAGGUGGAUUAGCAAAGGAUCUGCCUAGUAUAGAUGACAUAGUGUACAUAUUUAUAUAUUCCUUCUAUAUAUUUAUAGCAUCAAAACUGCAUGUGAGCAGCCUUUGCUCUGAGUAUGUCAUGUACACAUACUGUACACACACCUCCCCCUUAUGCCAGUACAGUACACAUGUGGGGAGGGGAGUGUUGCUCAGUGUUUUACGAGGGAGAGAAGAUGUUGCUUACUUCAUUGAUAAGUGAUAGACGGAAGUGCUUGCUUUGCCUCAAUCUCCUUUUUAGCACUAAUACUUCCUACAUUUUGCAAAAUGUCCUCAUUAGACUUGCAGAGAAACUCCAGAUCACACUGUCUGCCACAGUUUGCUCACUGCCUGUUCUGUUAGAAGGAAAUUGCGCGCACCAGAGAAAGGCAGUCUUGUGCCUCUCCAUGCAAAGUCCUGCAAUCUCAGCAGCUGCCGUUUAUGUGUAGUGAGUAUGCCGUGAACCAAGUUUAGCCCUUGUUCAGAGUUCUGUUGUCAAAACAUCGUUUCCUCUCAGGGCCAUCGUGGGUUUUUAAUCUCGUCUCGAUUCAAACUAGACGUGCUCUGUACAUACAUACAUAUACAGAAACAGUAAUGCAUGCUUAUUUUCUGAGAUUUUUUCACUUUUUUUUAAUCUAGAGUCUAUUUUGCUACCAAAUAUUUUUGUAGGAGUGGGAAUGUUUUAUAGCAACGUACUGCAUUAUUGAUCGCCCCAUGCCCGUACAGGGGAGCACAGAUAAGCCAAGAGCUGACAGCUUUGGGGAUAAGGGAUUUCUCUAUGUUUCUCAAUGUUUUUUUUCUGUACGUUUAUUGUAACAGAGGGGGAGAGUUUGGUUAGAUGUGUCUGAAAUAAAAGGGAAUGCUUGUCAUAGUAGGCUGUGUACAUAUUUAAACCGAGACCAGUUUUGUGUUCAGUCGGUGGUUUCCUUUUUUAAAUUCUUUUGAGGAGCAGUCGCGCUCUCCUCUGAGUCUGUCUUUGUAUUUCUUUGGAGGAAGGACGGGGAGAAAAAAAGCCCCUCAAACACUUCAGAGGGAUCCGAGAAACCAGUGCUGUGAACUUCCCCUCCUUUUUUUAAACCUUCGGUAAACACGGCGGGGUAAACCCGAUAUUUGGGUUUGUCGAGGAUGGCACACAAGGUCCACUUCACCCGCCCCGCGGUCCGCCUGGCCUGUGUGGGCCAAGGGCAGUGCCGUCUCCGACGCUGGCACAGACACAAUGGCGGGGCUCAUUAGUCAGCGGUGCAUGGACACACACACACACACACACACACACACACACACACACACACACACACACAGAGCACUUACAGUGGUACACUUGGUGUUCCUCGCACUUCCGAUGGCACGCAUGGUCCACCAUAUUUAAGUUGGAGAAUGAUCGGUUUCUGAAAAUGAACAAAGUAUGUCUGUGACUCACGUGGAGAACUUGAAUCUGUAGUUUCCCCCCAAACACACAUUAUAUACAGUAUAUAAUCUAUAUAUAGAAAUUGUGUUAUAUCUGAAGUGACAUAAACUGAUGUUUUUGUCGAAUCAGUGGAUUCACUUAAAAGCUGAAUAUUGAAAACUUUAUUACAUUUUUGUAAACGAUUUUGUUAAGUCAAUUAUGGAUUGGCUGAUAUUUGUUUCAGGUUUUCUUAUGUACUUAGUUUUGUACAAGUUGUGCUUGGAGUUUGUUAGGUGUUUGUAAAAAGAUAUAUCAUUUAUUAUUGCUUCCACAAUUGUAGUUAAACUGAUUCAAUGAAUUGUGUUUUGGCUCUUACUUGUUUAAUAAAAAAAAUGUGUAUCUCAAA